CGCUGAGCACGUUGAUGGAUGAUCAGAAUUUCCUUUUUCAGAAAAAUGGUGAGCGCCGCUAUCAAAUGCAUGCAGGGGCUUCAACCCGUUACAGUGACGUCUUGAAACAGGAGAUCGAGCAUCACUAGGGCUGCAAGGGGUUCUGAGGGGGAUCUGGGGAGGAUCUGACUCUCGAGCCAGCCUAGCAAUUGUUCUUCGACCCACGCCUGUUUAUUCGUUAUUACAGCUGAUAUCCAUACAACAAUGAGAUUCAACAUUUCAUCAGCGGCCCUAAUGCAGGAUUGUGCAUCACCCUUCACCGCGAGGCAUGUCACUCAUCCUUGAUUGAUUAUCUAGUGUAAUACCAACCGAUACAUUCCCCCAAGAUGGCUACUAACAUCUUUCGCAUGUUCUCCCCGGAUAGUAAAAAAUCCAAAGAAGACCGGGUUAAGAAGCGCAAGGCGCAAUUGCGAAAUGCCCAACUUACCUACCGAGAGCGCAAAGAAAGGUAUACCAAAGCGCUCGAGGAGAAUGUCGCUGAAUCUAGGGCCAACGAGGCAGAUCUUCAUCGACAGAUCGGCGAGCUUCGAGAGACUGUGCAGAAGCUUGCUCAGUUCAUUCUGGACCAAGGAGUGCAGAUCCCGGACGAGAUCAAAUUGCCAGCAGACUUAAACCUCGUGCCUGAAAAAGCACCAGCACAGGAAUGGCCAUCUCAGCAAGACUACCAGCAUACGAGUGGCAUCAACAACCAAACACACUCAACAUUGCGUGAAGAUGGCCCCAGGACUGAGUUAAUAUCCAACUCCAACAGUCUCCUUCGCCUAGGCGAUCUUGACCCAUUGGCAGUGGGUAUGGAAUUUGUCCUCACCCUGGAGAGGCCCUGUGUGAAUCAUCUAUACCCUCCCGAGGAUACCGCUCAUGAAGUCGGCGGACACGGGUUGACUGUCUCCGGCCAGCUGGCCCCCAUGUACCCGAAAUCGGUCUUCGAGUCCAACAGGGCACACGAGACCUUCUGCCGGGAGGUCCCGGAACAGUCUCUACAUUCAUUACUUGCUCUCUCCUCAGAGCUGUGUCCAGAGUCUGAGAUUACUCCCAUUGAAGCCUGGCAUUCAAUCCGGUCGCAGCCGCUUUUCGGGGGCAUGCGGGCGCAGAAUCUAUGGCGUCUCGCGGAAAGGUUGCGGGACGAAGCAAUAUGUCAUGGAUUUGGCGCUGUGGUUAAACGGGAAUCUUUUGAGAAGUUUAUGUUUGAGACUUUGAUUCUCGACAAUGCAUUUUAGAUACUUUUUAUAAUAGGUGUGCUGCAACUAGAAUACCCGGUAUACAGACUAAGUAUUACAAAACUAGAACAGAGAGACCUCUCGUGAUAUAGGUCUCAUAGGCCACAGGGACAACGAGUGAGUGGCCGUUAGCACUAGGCAUCGCAUAGUUAGGGGGUUUGACAUCUGAAAAUAUAUGAAUAAUUGUCAUUUCAAUAAAAUAAACCUAACAUAUGUCAGAGGCUGG